UUUGCUAUUUUCAGAUACGAUCAAUUGCCGAUAUAUUUCCGACGACGACUCUGGCUCUACUCGAUUCCUGCCUGAUCACUGCCACAAGAGACUCGCCUGGGCUGCUGGGUCCCCAGUUAGCUGUAGCAGCCGCUGGCUUAGCAAUAUUCCCCGUCAUUUCUCUUUUCGUCUCAAAUUUGACAUCGUUAUUUUUCGAAGUCACAUUAUCAGCAUAUGCAUCACCGAUCCUCAUGUUUGCUCUCCUGUCUCUUGGUGCAGCUCUAAUUGUUAUAUUCGACAAAUCAAUGCCUCUAUCUCCCGUAGACUACUGGCUGCAUUCAGGAUCGAGCUACUUCAACUUCAAAGGUGGCGGAGGCGAAAUCACCGUUAUCCUAUUCAUCUUAGUGCUUCUGGGAACAUUCUGGAGUUGUCUUGACUCUUACCUACCUUGGUAUCUGGUUCUGGAAUUGGAGGGCAACGAUCUGCUCCUUGCUUUGACAUUCGUGGCGGGGGCCCUCCCUUCCCUUCCGUUUCUCUGGUUCGCUGAGACUAUAGUCUUCUAUUGUGGCCACACUAAUCUAUUCAUCACAGCUUUCACAUUCUACAUAAUUCGAUAUACAGGUCUUCUCUUCUUCAGUAAUCCGUGGUGGAUCUUACUUUGUGAGGGUCUGGAAGUUUUUACUCUGAGUAUCAUGUGGGCCUCUGCAAUAUUGUACAUAAGACAAGUAAUACCAAGGCAUUUGACUACUGUUGGACAAUCUCUGGCUGUUAUUGCACAUUUUUGUCUCGGCAGAAGUAUAGGCGCUGUGCUUGGCGGUAUUCUCAGCCAGAACGACUCUCUGAUACAGGUGUACAGAGUGUGCGCUGUGGUGGCAGCGUUUGUCGCCACUGCCUACUACAUCAUCUAUUACUGCUGCAUCAAACCAAAGUGCCUCAAGCCUCCGACGCGAGGAUAUAGAAAUCCUCAUAAUGCAAUGCAAGGUUCAAAUACGAAUGGAACAUAUACUCCACUGAAAGUCUACAAUAAACAAGGAGAUAAAGGUUCAAAUAAUCAAGCGAGUCGCUACUGAAAUGCAUUGCAGAGGAAAAU